AUGGAAAUGGCAUCGAAAUCAUUUAAGGCAAGCAGAUCAAAUUUAUCAACGGUAUCCGAUAUGUCAGAGUCACAGAAUGGCAAGCCCCCACUGCCCCCGCAUAUGAGAUAUGGGCAGAGGAAUACCUCUGGGAAGUACGUCAACCUUUCCAAGGAUGAUCUUGACAGUGAACUUGGAAGUGGUGACUAUAUGCGCUACAUUGUGCAGAUUACGAAUACCUCUGACCACCAACCCAUGGAUUCCAUCUCUCAAAAGGUUGAAGAGCAAUAUGUCUCAAAUUCACUCUUUACAGGUGGGUUUAACUCGACUGCACCAGCUCAUCUUAUGGAUAAGGUGAUCGAAUCUGAAGCAAAGCAUCCACAAAUGGCCGGUGCAAAAGGUUCCCCGUGUUCGAUUCCUGGCUGUGAUGCAAACGUGAUGAAUGAUGAGAGAGGAAAUGACAUCGUCCCAUGUGAUUGUGGAUUCAAGGUAUGUAGGGAAUGUUACAUUGAUGCGGUUAGAACAGGAGAUGGGAUUUGCCCUGGGUGUAAGGAGGAAUAUAAAGAUGCUGAGUCGGAUGAACUGCCAGAAAAUGAGCAGACACUUUCACUUCCUGUGCCUCGUGCGAUGUCAAGGCUGGAGAGGAGGCUGACAUUGAUGAAGUCAACAAAAUCAAUUCUCAAGAGAAGCCAGACUCGAGACUUCGAUCAAAACCGAUGGCUUUUUGAAACUAAGGGAACCUACGGUUGCGGCAAUGCCAUUUGGCCAGAGGAUGGAGGAUUUGUACAUGGAAAGGAUGAUGAAGUCGUAGACCCUACUGACUUGAGGAUGAACAAACAAUGGAGGCCUCUAACCCGCAAACUUAAAAUUCCAUCUGCCAUUUUGAGCCCAUAUAGGCUUUUGGCUCUUAUUCGGAUGGUGGUUCUUGCAUUGUUUUUGGCGUGGAGAAUAAAUCAUCCCAACAAGGACGCAAUCUGGUUAUGGGCCAUGUCUGUGGUUUGUGAAAUAUGGUUUGCAUUUUCUUGGAUUCUUGACCAACUUCCAAAACUCUGCCCAGUAAAUCGUGCUACGGAUCUUAAUGUCCUAAAAGAGAAGUUUGAAACACCUACUCAAAUUAAUCCUACAGGGAAAUCUGACCUUCCUGGAAUCGAUGUUUUUGUCUCUACAGCAGAUCCAGAAAAAGAGCCUCCUCUAGUCACUGCAAACACUAUAUUGUCCAUCCUAGCAGCUGAUUAUCCAGUUGAAAAAUUAGCUUGCUAUGUCUCCGAUGAUGGAGGGGCUCUUUUGACCUUCGAGGCUAUGGCAGAAGCAGCAAGUUUUGCUAAUAUUUGGGUCCCAUUUUGUCGCAAGCAUGACAUUCAACCAAGGAACCCAGAGUCUUACUUCAAUAUGAAGAAAGAUCCUUACAAAAAGAAAGUUCGUCCAGACUUUGUUAAAGAUCGUAGACGCGUCAAGCGUGAGUAUGGUGAGUUUAAGGUUCGAAUCAAUGGCCUUCCAAACUCUAUCCGUCGUAGGUCUGAUGCCUGUCAUGCCAGGGAGGAAAUUAAGGCACAACAGCAACAGAGACAAAAUAAUGAUGAUGAACUUGUGGAGAAUGUCAAGAUCCUGAAAGGUACAUGGAUGGCAGAUGAAUCACAUUGGCCUGGGACUUGGAUAAAUCCAGCACCUGAGCACUCCAGGGGUGAUCAUGCCGGAAUAAUUCAGGUAAUGCUUAAACCUCCAAGUGAUGAACCCCUGCAAGGAAAUGCUGAUGAUGGGAUAAUUGACUUGACUGAUGUCGAUAUCCGUCUUCCCAUGCUUGUCUACAUUUCUCGGGAGAAGCGUCCUGGCUAUGAUCACAACAAGAAAGCAGGGGCUAUGAAUGCCUUGGUGCGAGCUUCUGCAAUCAUGUCUAAUGGUGCCUUCAUUCUCAACCUUGACUGCGAUCAUUACGUAUACAACUCCGAGGCAUUGAGAGAAGGAAUGUGUUUUAUGAUGGACAGAGGUGGCGAUAGAAUUUGCUUUGUUCAAUUCCCGCAGAGGUUUGAAGGUAUUGACCCUUCUGAUCGCUAUGCGAAUCAUAAUACCGUUUUCUUUGAUGGCAACAUGAGAGCCCUUGAUGGGCUUCAGGGUCCUGUUUAUGUGGGAACUGGAUGCCUCUUUAGGCGCAUUGCUCUUUAUGGCUUUGACCCCCCGCGCUACAAAGAAGAUCACUCAGGUAGCUGCUUUGGUAGGCAGAAAAGACAUUCUAAAUUUGCCAAUUCCUUGGAAGAAAACCAAGCCUUGAGGAUAGGUGAUUCUGAUAGUGAAGAAAUGAACCUCUCACUAGAUCCCAACAAGUUUGGAAAUUCAGUUUUUCUUCUUGAUUCAAUUCCCGUGGCAGAGUUUCAAGGACGUCCUCUUGGUGACCAUCCGGCUGUAAAGAAUGGACGAUCACCUGGUGCCCUUACCAUUCCUGGAGAACUUCUUGAUGCAUCAACUGUUGGAGAGGCAAUAAGUGUUAUCUCGUGCUCGUAUGAGGAGAACACCGAAUGGGGAUCACGGGUUGGAUGGAUUUAUGGCUCUGUCACAGAAGAUGUUGUUACAGGGUACAGGAUGCACAAUAGGGGAUGGAAAUCAGUAUAUUGCGUGACAAAAGUAGAUGCCUUUCGUGGGACUGCCCCAAUCAAUCUUACUGAUAGGCUUCACCAGGUUCUUCGCUGGGCUACCGGUUCAGUUGAGAUAUUCUUCUCACGGAACAAUGCCAUUCUGGCAAGCUCAAGAAUGAAGUUUCUGCAGAGAAUUGCUUAUCUAAAUGUUGGAAUCUAUCCUUUCACCUCCAUCUUCUUGAUCGUCUAUUGCUUUCUUCCUGCUUUGUCUCUUUUCUCUGGUCAUUUCAUAGUUCAAACUCUCAAUGUCACAUUCCUCAUCUACCUGCUUAUAAUUACUCUCACACUCUCCAUGCUAGCUAUUUUAGAGAUUAAAUGGUCGGGCAUUGAGUUACAGGACUGGUGGAGGAAUGAACAAUUUUGGUUGAUUGGAGGGACUAGUGCCCACUUGGCUGCCGUGCUCCAGGGACUACUAAAAGUGAUUGCCAGAUUUGAAAUUCCCUUCACUUUAACUUCAAAGUCAGCUGGUGAUGACGAGGAGGAUGAGUUUGCAGAUCUCUACAUUGUUAAGUGGACGUCUCUCAUGAUUCCGCCGAUAACGAUUAUGAUGGUCAACUUCAUUGCAAUAGCAGUUGGAAUUAGCCGGACAAUAUAUAGUGUUAUACCACAAUGGAGCCGCCUGUUAGGGGGAGUUUUCUUCAGUUUCUGGGUUCUAGCACAUCUGUACCCUUUUGCUAAGGGGCUCAUGGGCAGAAGAGGAAGGACGCCUACUAUUGUUUUUGUUUGGUCAGGACUCGUAGCCAUAAUCAUAUCUCUUCUUUGGGUUUCAAUUAAUCCUCCAGAUGCCACCAACCAGAUUGGAGGUUCAUUUCAGUUCGCCUGAGUAGUGAUUUUAGUUUUGGGGUCAAAUUGAGUCCCAAACUU